AUGUCCCUGGAGCCUACAUUGGGUAAUACAACGUGCAGCAAAGGUCACGUCCACCCGCCGUGGAACACGACAGGUGUCUUGCGAAUCGCAAAGUGCGAAUCGGUGUGCGGGUUCUGCCAGAAGGAAACAAAAACCGCAGCAAAUCUCAGAAAGAAGCAUGUCGCAAUACAUAUAAAGAAUGAGGGCUUAAGCCUUACAAUCGCGGAAGGUUCAAGUGGAAGAGGUCGUCUAGAAAUGCCCUCGGCACAGUUAGAACGUGGACUCUCUUCUUCAUCUCGGUUUUCGCAAGAUCGAGACGAUGAUCACAGCGAUGCUCUCUCAUAUAGACGUCCUAUAGGCCCGUCUAAUGAUUCAUUCUCAGCAUCAUCCGUUCUCAUGUCCAUGUCGCAACGCUCAUCAUACCCCGCGUACUCAGCCAAUUCUUCUUCAUACCCAUCAUACACAUACUCUUCGCCCAGUACUCCCAGUCCAGUGACAGCCUUCACACAUUCCAUGUCUCAUUCGCCACAUCAGCAUUCCCUGGCUCCGUAUGCGCCGCCACAGAACCAUGGAGAUCCUUUCAAAGCCCUCCGCGAACACAACAUUUCUACGAAGUCCGCUUGGACAGUGAUUCCGGCUGCUGAAGGUUUCCGCAUCUUGGACUUGUGCAAGUCAAUGAGUGUGGCACGAGAAGGAACCAGGGGAGAAGAAAGAAUUCCAUGCUACAAUCGAGAAACUAUUUUUGACGAGGAAUGGCAAGCACAUAUGAAGGAUGUGCAUGGGGUGUUUCUGCUGUGGCCGGAGACGUGGAUGAGAAGGAUUGAAGUAUUGGACUUGGAUGCAUUUGGUGGCGAUAUCGGUGCAUGUAAUGAAGUUAUCAUGGAUAGCUGA